AUGGAGUGUUUGCGAGAUGGCUUUGAGGAAGGACAUAUACUCAACGACCGUUUCGUGACCCUCGCUCCCCUCAACCAUGGCUCGUUUGGCAUGGUCUUCACUGCCACGGACAAGUUGACCGGAGCUGAAGUCGCUAUCAAAUGCAUCACCAAAGCAGACGCCGUCAAAGAUCACACCCCCUGCCCAGCUGCUAUUGCUACCGAUGAGCGUUCCGAGGAGCUCGAAAUCCAUUCUCGCCUGAGCUUGCACCCUCACAUUGUCAACUUGAUCCAUCACUUCGAGACCGCCGCCCACCAAUAUAUGGUUUUGGAGCUUUGCAACAAUGGCGACCUGUACGAGGCCAUUCGCACUGGCCGAGGACCCCUGGAGACCGAGCACGUCCGUGAUUUCAUGCUCGAGCUUGUCAACGCCAUCGAGCACCUGCACGUCAACGGAGUCUACCAUCGUGACAUCAAGCCUGAGAACAUCUUCCUUACCGCCGAUGGUGCCAUGAAGCUGGGUGAUUUUGGGCUGGCGACAACCGAAACCUGGUCGACAGAGUUUGCCGUGGGAUCCGAUCGAUACAUGGCGCCGGAGCAGUACGAGUCCUCGGUCUACGGGUUUGGGUACUCGCCUGCCUCUGCCGACGUCUGGGCCAUUGGUAUUGUUCUGCUCAACGUGCUCUUCCAGCGCAACCCCUUUGCAUCGCCAACUCCAAAGGACCCCUUGUUCUCGGACUUUGCUCGCAGCCGUGAAAGCCUCCUCGACGUCUUCCCGACCAUGUCGCAAGAUACGUACAAUGUCCUGACGCACUCCCUGGCCUUGGAUCCCGCCAACCGUUCACUCGGCGCCGUGCGGGAAGCCCUCAAGGCUGUGCGCAGCUUCACUACCGAUGACGAAGCACUCGAUGAGUUCUGCACCGAGCAAACCGACUUGGCUCCCGUUUCCACUGCCGCUCGCGAACCCCUCCGAACGCCGUCCAUCACCAGCCCGAACAUGACCGCCGACUCCUUCCCAUGGGCCGACGCUUUGCGCAAGACUCCCCAGAAGGCCGUCCGACAGCUCUCGACUAUUCGUGAUGAUGAGCCGGAUCUAUUCCCCGGUUCGUUCAAGAGCGAAGAAUGGCAAUACGUCGACGCCGACACUGAUGCUGAUGCUGACGGAGCAUCCCUGCAUUCCAACGUCGACUCUGGUCUUGGCAUGUCGUACAAGUCGGCAAGGUCUAGCAAGAGUAUCGCUUGGUCCCUCCCGGCCCCAUCCAACGUCCUUGGCUCUCUUCCAAUCACCUUCACCAAACCUGCUGGCAAGACCUCACCCUACGGUGCGCUUGGCAGUGGCUUUUCUAAAAGCUGGAGUGAUUUGUACGAAGAGGACUUUGAGAUGGAGGAGCAAGGUCGAGGAUCUUUCGACUUUGGCCUGGAGCUUGAAAGCGUAGGCACUGCUCAGCCAAGCACGCCUCAGCCGCAGACUCCGAGUGAGGAUGAUGGCGGAAGUGCUACGCCCCGGCCCAUCCUCGCAGAGGCUGAUGUCAAUGUCCGCGGCUCCGUCAGCCCUAUGAGGAGGGUCCUGGACAACGACAAUGCCACUGCUGAACUGCCAAAGAUACGCUCGUCGUCCAGCUUCCUCGUCGAUAAGUGGGCCAUGCUCGGGAACCUUCGCCGUGGUGUCAAGCAGGAGAGCUCGUCAACUACCCCAACUCCUAUCCCACAAAAGUCGAAGUACUCUGAUGCCUUUGCCAAUUUUUCGGCUUCGUUUGGCAGCAGCAGCACGAAGAAGCAGAAGCCCGCAAGCAAGCCUCGUGAGGAGGCGCCCAGCUGGCGCCAGGAUUCUCCCGAGAGGCUUCGCUCGACGACAAUGAACAAGAGUCAAGUCUGGGAACGCAAGGACAGCCCGCCUCAGCCUGCGCAAAGCUGGGAGCUCGACAACAACUGGCGCGACCAUCGGCGCCCAGCCAACACCAUCCCCUCUCCAUCACCCUCUCCAACCAAGAACCCCUCCGAGCGACCCGCCUACCUCCGCCGUCGCAGUGGGGAGAACUUCCUCGAAACCAUCCUCCGUCCCGCCAGCAACGCGGGCAGCGACGACGGCGACCUCCGAUUCGACAUCAACGGCGAUCUCGAAUGGGUUGGCAAAGUCCAACCAUUUCAUACUUAA